AUGGGUAAAGGUGCCAAGCAACAGAAAGCUGUUACCAAGAUCAAAAACAAGCAAAACAAGAAAGUGAUUCAAAAAAUAAAGACUUUAAAAAAGAAGGGCAAAUUGAAACGUCAUGUAUUCGAAGAAUAUCGAGAUAUCGACGCCAGGAAACACGCCGCAGCUCGACAAAAAAUUGCUGAUGUGGAAGAAGAUUGGAAAUAUGACAGAGCAUUUAAAGAGGCGAACGAUGAUGAUGACGAUAUCCUGCCGUUGGAUAUGCUCGACGCGGAUAUUGAUUGGGAAAAUAGCGCAUUUGCAAGUAAAAUGAAACGAAUCAAAAUUGAAAUGGAAGAAGACAGUAAUUGUGAAACAAACAAUGAUGAUUUGGAACUGAAACCAAGGCAUUUCGAAGGAGAACUCGAUAGUGAUCAAAUUGAAUUGUUACCGAUUAAAGUUGAUGGCAAAUUGGUGAAACGAUCCCGAAAAAUCAGUGAGGAGUUAAACGGUGAAAAUUAG